CAUUGUUAGUUACAAUGUCUAGUUACUGGGCCAAAAGGAGACGAAUAUUGAAAGGAGUUGAGAGGGACAAACAGGAAAUUGCAGCUGCAAACGAUGCUCUACUUGCUGUUAUUCCUGACUUUGACCAAGUAAAUCCUCCUGUAAAUGAACAUCAACAUGGAAUGGCUUCAACAAGCUAUUGGCCCCCAUAUAACCUCCGCAAAAAAGACAAAGGCAACAAUUUAGCCAUCCGCUGCACGCCUCCACACAGCACCUGGGAGAAACAUCAUUUUAAGUUUAUGAAGGGAGCAGAAUGUUGGCAAGAGGCGAUGAGAUAUUUGGUGCGCUUCCAAACAGGUUCUAGCGUUGAAACGACGGACGAUGACAAGAAGAGAAAGAGAAAGAGAAUCUCAAAUUCCAAGUACAGACCCCAGGCCUCUUCUGAUGAAGAGGAGUCUAGUCUUCCAGAUGCACCAGCAGUGCUGUCGUUUGGACAACCUCUUUUGAGCUUUGAAAACAUUGUUCCUGGUAACAAGGUUUCAGUGCUGCCUGAUGCUCCAGAAGUUGCAUCGAUUCCAGAAAACCAGGAAAAUGUUGUGCCAUCUGUAGACUUCAGAGGUGAACCAGGUUUCUCCCCAGAAAUUCAGACUCCACUUCACAGAGCCAAGAGUUUGAGUACAAGACACUUGACUGGUUACUCGCCGCAGCAGUUUCUGGAUGAAAGGUGUCGAGCUCGUCAAGUACUAAGCUUUACACCCCCAGCAGCAAAUUUACCCUGGCAGCAUAUGGGUGAAAACGCUGGAGGAGAAAGUCAUCGCUCUGUAAUUGGCCCUUGGACUCCCCUGGCAUCUCGUGUACAGCAUGAAGUUUUCAGCUAUGAAGAUUUCCAGAGACUCCAGAAUGAAAAACAAGCCGUGAUGGAGGAGAACCAAGCCCUUAGGGAGGAGAACCAAGCUCUGAGGGAGGAGAACCAAGCUCUGAGGGAAAGCACUGCACGAGCAGCUUCGGAUGACAGCGGCUCACUUCAAGAGCAGGUGAAGCAAGUUGGGACAAUGUUGAAGACGUUUGCUCGCACUGGGCAAUCAGGUGCAGAUCAGACCUUAAUGCUGCGACGUCUUGGAGAGUUUGGCGAUGUUGUGCGUAGCAUGGACAACAAAAUGGACACUAUGCUGCAACAUUUCAGUGCCAAUGUGUCUGUUGGAGAGUUAUCCCUGCCAGGGGAUCUGUUACUCCCCCUAGACACCCAGGAAGAUUUGGCGUUGCUUGACAACAGUUUGAGGCAGGAUAAAGAGCUCCAGGAACGAUUUCUUCGGUUUUUGGCAAUCAAAUGUGGGAGGGACCUAAAGACAACCGUCUGGCGGAUGCUUCAAAGUAUCUUCUCUAAUCACCUUUCCAUCAAUACAACCUGGACUGGAGUUGGGGAUAAAGCAUGUUUUAGAGACAUGUUCCUGAAGACCAUUGUUCAAAGAGCCAUCCGGAAGAACCCGGCAACACAGGAUGCCACUGAUGAAGCCAUCCAGGUUAACGUUACGCGUUACCUGAAAGGAGCAUCUGACCGUGAAGGCGGAAAAAGGCGCCGCACAGCUGAGAGGGACCCACAGCCGACCCCUUAAACCUAGGCUGACUACUGACAUCCCAGCAUCACUGACAACUGGAACCCUUUCUUUAUCCUGCAGUCAGUAACAUCAAGACCCCUAAAGAAGCCAGAAGUGUCAGACUGCACUCCCCAAUCCACACUGUUCACUGUGGAUAUUAUCGUAGUGCUUAACUUAUUAUAUUGUUAAAUAUAGCUUGUAAAUCCUUGUGCCACAGGUCAGCAUUGCAGUUAUAUCUGUUCUACUACUUUUUUUACCUCAGUAUUUUUUAUAUAUAUUUGAAGAUGUUUAUCACAGAUACAAGAGACAUCUUGUACCCCAGGUCAGCAAUGCCAUUAUAAUGGUCUAUUCUACUCCAGAGCUUUAUUCUAAAUUAUUACCACUUAUCUUAUUGUUAGAAAUGGCUUGUAAAUGUGAUGUUAUACC